AUGAAAAAAGACCAUAAACGUAAAUUUAUAGCCUUGAUCAAGAAACGUAAAGCAUAUCGUCGACAAUUGCAUAAAGAACUUUAUAAUACUGUACAAGAUAAGGAAAAUGAUAAUCAAGGUAAUCUUGAUCGUCGAAGUAUGCUGGUUACAGAAUGUUCGAAACAACGUAAUUAUUAUAAUCAUCUUGGUAAUGAUGAAAAUCAACAAAUUAAUCAAACAAGUUCUGUAACUAAUCUUAAUUCAUUUUUUCAAUAUAAAAAUCAAUUAACUAAUCAAACAGUUGCUACAACUAAUCCUAAUUCUUUAUUUCAAUAUGAAAAUCAACAUAUUAAUCAAACAGUUGCUGUAACUAAUUCUAAUUUAUUAUUUCAAUAUGAAAAUCAACAUAUUUAA